AGUCAAAUGAAUCCGUCAAAGGUGAAUGGAGAAUUUUGUGUUUUGUUGUGUGAAAAGUAAAUGAAUUUCGGUGAAAACGCAGCAAUAAACGAACGGACUGCACUAAUGGAUGGUCAUGUGGGUGAAUCGCACGUCGUAAGGACCACAGAUCGCGUCGAGGACAUGGAGAGGAGGAACAAAAAGAAGCGGAAUCCGCGUGAAAAUAGACCAAAUUACGGGACAACCAGCACAACACAGACUGUUGGGGUACCCACGGGGGAAUCGUCGCAGAGUCAAACUGAUGGCCCUGGGGGGCCUCCACCGCCGGAACAUGCAGAGGCUUCGUGGGAGGAAGAGGAGGGAUUGAAGUAUGGGGCUCAGCAUGUUAUUAAGCUGUUUGUCCCCGUGUCACUGUGUAUGCUGGUCGUUGUGGCCACAAUUAGCUCAGUUAACUUCUACUCAACCAAGGAUUACUACCUACUCUACACUCCAUUUCAUGAAACAUCCCCCGAUACGGGGACGAAGAUUUUGGACGCCCUGGCCAAUUCGCUAAUCCUCAUGACUCUCAUUGUUAUCAUGACAAUCCUCCUGAUAAUUCUCUACAAGAAGAGAUGCUACAAAAUCAUCAAUGGAUGGCUCAUCCUUUCGUCCUUUAUGCUCCUCUUUAUCUUCAGCUACCUCUACUUGGAGGAAGUUCUACGAGCCUACAACAUCCCAAUGGACUACCCAACAGCCAUUCUGAUUAUGUGGAAUUUUGGCUUUGUUGGCAUGAUGUCAAUUCACUGGUUGGGACCAUUGAGGCUCCAACAAGCCUAUUUGAUCUUCGUGGCUGCCCUCAUGGCGCUUGUUUUCAUCAAAUACCUCCCAGAGUGGACAACGUGGGUGGUUUUGGCUGUAAUCUCCAUCUGGGAUUUGAUUGCUGUUCUCUCACCCAAAGGACCCCUCAGGAUACUCGUUGAGACGGCACAGGAGAGGAAUGAACAGAUCUUUCCGGCUCUCAUUUAUUCCUCGACCUUCAUUUACUCCUACAUGGGAGCUGAUCAGGAUACUGCACCACCAGCUCCUGUUGCGAGACAGAGAACAAACAGAAGAGCCGGAACAUCGGCAGAUCCUCCAGCUGAGGUUAAUCAGAAUCCUGAAGUUGCAGACGUUGAAUGUGGAUUCACAAAAGAGUGGGCCAGUACAUCCACUGAACGCACAGCUCGUCGUCAGCUGGAAGUUCAGGCAAAUGUUUCCAAUAAUCCAAAUCGUUCCACGGAAUAUCGCACCGUGACAACGGAGGAGAAUCCCCCGAAUUAUGAAGUUCCCGAGGAGAGAGGCAUCAAAUUGGGUCUUGGGGACUUUAUCUUCUACUCCGUCUUGGUGGGAAAAGCCUCCAGCUAUGGGGAUUGGAAUACAACAAUUGCCUGCUUUGUGGCAAUCCUCAUUGGGCUCUGUCUCACACUCCUCCUUCUGGCCAUUUGCCGCAAAGCCUUGCCCGCCCUGCCGAUUUCCAUAACUUUUGGGCUGAUUUUCUGCUUUGCAACGAGUGCCGUUGUGAAGCCAUUCACAGAGAGUUUGGCAUCUGAACAAGUAUUCAUUUAAUCCUCCAACUAACGCCUCAAGCCUUCCAAUAUUUAUGCAAUCUUCUUAUUCAGCAUAAUUUAUAAUGUGAAAAAAAAAGAAUUUCAUCGCAAAAAAGGUGGAAUAACGACUAAUAAAAGAUAAAUUAAUAAAGGAAAAA